UGUGGUUGGGGAGGGUAGUAUGUGUGUGUGUCUCUCCGUGGAGGCUCGGCGACAGCUGCUGUGUCGAUGACUGGGAACCAAGCUACUCUGAUAUAGUGCGAUUUUUAACGUCCCAGGGAACAUUAGUGUACGUACGACCGGAUGUAUAGCACCUGAAUACAGAAAGGACGUAAAUGCGCUGGUAAACCCACGGAGAAGAAUGACGGAGUUGAUCCCACGAAGCGAGAAAUCUUACUUGUGAAGAUAGACAAGAGGCGCUGAAUUUCCACUCUCUGGAAAGGUACUAACACCGGCCUCAGUAGUCUCCGAGAUACAGCCGUCUUUCCCAGGGAUCGAGGGGUUCAAGAAAGGCUGCAUGCAAAUGUCAAGUCCUCGACACCUCGUCUUGUAUGUUUUGAGGCCUACCUUUGAUCUCUCGAGGUUCCCAAGACCUCCGUUAUCUCCCACACCUUGAAGACCUGAAACCUGUCUGAGAACUGUUGCAGCUAAGGAGUUCCUGCUAUCUGAAUAACUUCUUCCACCAUCUGCCGCCAGUGUCUCAUAGCACUGGCAGAAGUUUCAGCACUCCUGAGUUACUGUCGAGGCAUGGCAGGAGUUCUUGCGUGAAGGAGAGGGGGCAAAGCCAGAAGUAUGGUGGUGGUGGCGUUCAAGUCGUCCACCACAGGCAGGAACUAGGCCACACUGAGAGCAGCAGCAGCAGCAGCAGCACUUCAGGAUGCGGCUGUUCAGACGUCGCAGCAGUGACCCCGCCCCCCGCCUCGUCUCCCUCUCCCCACUCCGUACUGAUCACACAUACGACGACGCUUACGAGACGGCCUACGAUGCCGCUCUUGUCUGCACCGCCCGACCACCAGCGCCAACACCCCAGCCACAGGAUGAUGGUGAAGAUGAUGUGUACUCCACCGUGGACGUCGAAGAUGUGGAGGAGGACGUGGAGGAGGGCAUAUACUCCACACUGGAGGAGGUGCGAAGGCCCUCCUUGAUCUACUCCAGUGGAAGCAUCAGUGCUACUGGAGUGGUCACCAGUUACUACACAGCAGUGCCGGCACUGGUGGUGGAGGAGGUCACUGCCGGAGCCGGAUCACCGCCACACACGCCCUCCACUGCAGCAAAGAAAGGGUUCUCAACAUGGGGGAAAAAGAUGGGCAAGAAACUGGAGCAGCUGACGCGAGGUGAGAGCAAGGAGCACAUCCAUUUCCCCCUAGGCUCCACCCGCACCCGCCGCAGGAACUGGCGACCCAACAAAGAUGCAGAGACUGUGCCCGUGCCCACCAAGGACGCCAAGACUGCGCCUCGACAAGCACGCAGGACUAAGGUAGACCGCGUUGAGAGUAUUCGUAAUCUUUUCCGUCGCUCGCGUAGCUGGGAUUCGGCGAAAGACCUGGAGGAUUUGCCAGCAACGAGGACGACUGUGCCACCGAAUGCUUGUUCUGAUGGUGCUAAGGGUCUCGGUGAUACCCCUGAUAAUAUAUACGAAUCACUCAAAGAUGUGGACAGUGGACCAGUUGCUGUGAAAGCGACACUGUUGUUUAGAAGUGCAUCUACGUCACAUCUGCCUAGCUGUGAGGUGGGGUUGGAUGUGGAGAGUGAGAGCACGGAGGAGGGCACAGCGGAGGGCGGAGAAGAGGUCGGGGAAAGCGAAUACGAAGGAAAGACGAGUGAAAGUGAAAAGACAAAGAAAGGACAAUUUCCGUAUGCGUUCCUGAGAUCCAGACUGACCUCGGUCGCUGAGGAACAAGCGACCGCUAGGGAAGAGUGUGGUGACAGUGGACGUGGCACCGGCAGCCACUGUGGCAGCAUUUCUGAUGUUAGAACUUCUUACUCUGAAACAUCGGACUCAAAAUCUUCAUUUUCAGAAAAUUCAGACACCAAGUCGUCUUGCUCAGACUCGUCAGAUAACAAGUGGGUUCGUGAAGAGGAUGAAGAGGAGGAAGGUGAGGAGGGAAGUACUCGAACAAGUAGGGAGGAAAACGGCGGGACAAAACCCUCAACUAGAGACGUCGUCUCGCCCAUCCCCGCGCCCACGGGUUUCGGUGACGGGGAUUUCGUAGUGACUGUGCGUGUGCAGGGGGCGGCAGGGGACGACACCCGAAGCUCCACCGUCUAUAUCCAGCGUGAAUCUCGAGUCGCCGAUGAUAACCAUGACUCCAAGAAAUCCAGAUCUUUAAAACAAACUGAUAAUAAAAUGUGUGAAAGCGUAAAGACUGUUGAGACUCGUCCACUGUUAACAGACGAAGAGAAACUUCAUGCGCGGAAGAGCGAGUGUUGUCACCACUGCCACCGCUUGCGCGACCCCCAGCAGCCACAAGGCGUUCCUUUGCCACCUGUUAGAAGGCGACAACGAUCCCAGUCCCAUAUUCACACCCGUAUGAGCUUUCCCACUUCAUCCACCUCUACUGACACCCUCUACGAGGUCAUAUACCCCGAGGACGCCUACACUAAACGAGCCUCACUUGAUUUAGAUCGUCUAAACUGCAGAGUAGAACGUUUAGAUAGGUUCGACAAACUGAAUCGGUUAGAUCGGAAUGACCGUAUUAUUGGCCAUGUCUUAGAGACAAGACGUAGGUACUCUCGAUCGGUUUCCCUAGACCGCGCAGAGUCUUGGCGAUGGCGGGACUCUCUCCUGACGGAGGACUGUGACACAGAGUCGGUGUAUAGUGAGACUGGGUACCGGGGGAGGGCGCCGAGCCUGUCGCGACCCACACCCACCACACUACCACAGCCUCCUCCGACCAACAGAAGCUUCAGAUUAGUGCGGCUGGUGAAGGAAGAUCCAGACGAGGGUUUGGGACUGUACAUUGCUGACCAGAGGACACUGGGUUACGUCAUUGCUCACAUCCUGCCUGGUGGCCUCACUGACAGGGACGGCCGCUUACGUGUUGGAGACGAGAUCAUCAAUGUGAACGGCGUACGGCUACAAGGCGUCACCCUGGAGGAGGCCAGACACAUCCUGCGUCACACUCCCUCCGAAGUGGAUGUAGUAGUGUCGCGGGAGCCACACACCCAGGAGUGUGGCUACUCAGACCUCGACGAGGCCUCUGUCAACAGUGGACGCGUCGAUUCGCGUGUGGAAACCCGGGUCGAUUCCCGGGCAGACAGUACGCAUGACGAGGAGGCACCCGUAGAGGUCCGUCAAGUUGCCCAGGCCUGUCAGACGACCUGUCAUGAAUGCCGCCAUGAGGAAGAUGAUGAGGACGGCACCAUAAAUCUUCGGGACUUGGGACAUCUCCUGGAGUCCAGCGAAGUGUCAGGUGAAGUGCGGUGUUGCCCUCGUGACUUGCCCUCAGAUUUGAUUUAUUCGCGAUACCUGGCAGACCUACCGAGUGACCAACACUGCUCCCGUGACCAUGCCUGCGACUGUGACCUCCAUGGGUGCUGGCCAGAGCCCCGGGGAUGUAGGGAGACACGGGGGGACAUCAGAAAGAGACGACGUCUAGACUCCCUCAGGGAAGGUGUAGUUACUGCCGUCAUGGUUCGCACUGUCUCUGACUCUUCAUCAGGUUUGCCUCUUCCAUCAGGUGAGGAUGAGCCUAGACGAUUGUUGCCACUACUGGAAGAUGGAGUGUUUGAUGAGCGGCCAUCCUCUCAGACUUCCCAGGUGUCGGCCAGGACAGUCACAUCCAUGGCGUCUGUUGCAUCCAUACAUGGUACAGGACUUACUGCCAUGUCCAAACAGGUGUCGCAGAGAACACAUCGUUCCUCCUCUACAUCAACACUGCCUCGGAGACCUAAGUCACUCAAUCUCUCCUUCCAUACAGUGGUUUUUGAGAAGGGCCAUGGGAAGAAGGGGCUUGGAUUCUCCAUUGUUGGAGGAAGGGACUCUCCAAAGGGCAAUAUUGGCAUCUUUGUUAAAACUAUAUUUCCAAGUGGACAAGCUGUUGAGGAGGGAACAUUAAAAGAAGGUGAUGAGAUUUUUGCUGUGAAUGGUGAGAGCCUUGCUGGAGCAAGUCAUGCUGAAGCGAUUGCCAUGUUCAAGGCUAUCCGUUCGGGCAAAGUGGUGCUGCAUGUAGGUCGUCGAACAUCUUCAAAGAAACGAGCACACAAAACUAAAUCAUUUGAUGAUCUAGACAAAUUUGAAGAAUAACAACAUCUGUACACCUACAAGUUGAUAAAGCGUAUAAAGAGCCCAGUGUGAAGGAUGGUAAUUUUAUGUGCGGACAUCCACGUUGUGGUAGCCUCUACUGUGGAUGAGAUUUUACAAAUUAUUACAUAGUUAUUUUUAAGGGGUUUACCCAGACCAGCAUUAAACCAAAGACAUUAAACAGGUAAACUAAAUUCUGUGGAUAAUACUACAUUGAACUGUAUGUGAAUAUGUAUCUCCAGUCAUGGUUGGUAGUUGUGACAUUUGUGCUUAAAGAACUAUUCCAAUAUAGGUUAUUUAGUAUGAUGAGGGUUUUAUUCUUGAUCAAAAUCUAAGUGACAUUAAGGAUAAUUGUAGUCAUCACAAUUAAAAGAUCAUUUAUUUAAUACAAGUAGUACUACAAAGUAUGUCUUCAUAAUUUGUACCAUGUAGAUAUUUCUUUAACCUGUCUCCAAGGCUACAGUCAUUUUUACAUGUUAUCUAGCCAACUAAUAUUUACAAUUAAUGUACAUUUUAUAAUCGGCACUAAUCUUGUCAUCUGUUAUAUAUGGAAAGAUGUGCAAACUGCCAACAUACAGGUAAAACAAGAUGCUUAGGAAUACAAGAUAUAAGAAUUUUUUGGUCAAGUGUGAGCAUUAUAUUUUCCACUACACUUGAUCAGUUAUUGCAUCAGAAGGUGCAGUAUCUAAAUGCUGAUGAGCUGUAUAGCCCUUGUGGCUUAGCGCUUCUUUUUGAUUAUAAUAAUAAUAAAUGCUGAUGAAUGAGACACAGGCACAACACCUGGAUAUCUUUGAGAUUUUUUUUUUUUUUUCCUAUACAGCAGGUUUUGUCAAUCUCAGACAGGCAGAGAGACUUUUAUACUGGAGCCAGAGGAGAGUUGCAGCAGGUGAAUACAUCACAUGUGGAUGGGGCCAGCUAGUGGAAGUAGGACAUGCUUAAAUCUGGGCCACAGAUUUAGCAAUAGUUGUAGAUGUGGAGCUAGAAUGCAAUUGAUGUCACAGGUGGAUGGGACCCACUAGUGGAAGUUGGUUAGUCCCAUAAUGUGGGUUAGAGGUUAUCACUAGUUGUAGAAGAUAUCCUCUGUACAGAGGAUAUCUUUUACAACCCUGUUGCUAACCUCUAGCCCACAUUAAGGAAUGACCUGCUUCCACUAGUGAGUUCCACCCACCUGUGGAUGUGAUGUUUGUUUCGACUGUGUAUCUCCACGUCUUGUGAAACUCCAAUAGCUAACCCCAACCUGCAUGUAACAUCUUUCAAUUGCUGCACCUCUUCUCUGGCUCCAGUAUGUUUCUCCAUCCUCCUACCUCUGAGAAAUUGACCAUGCUGGCUAUACAAUGUUGUAAAGCUUUCCAAUAAAAAUACCCAGGUGUUUCAGAACUUUUAUUCAUCAUACUAGGUUGAUUGCUUCUUUUUGAUAAUAAAAUUCAUCAAACUAGCUCACAACUGAGCAAAACAUACUAGUAUCAUGUGGAAGAGCUAAACCCAUAAUAGUCUAAGACCACAUAUUAUUAUUAUAAUCAAGGGGGAAGCGCUAAACCCGGAGGAUUAUACAGCCUAAGACCACAUAAGUACCCUUGUUUCAUGUGUAUGGCUGUAUAGCCCUUGUGGCUUAGCGCUUCUUUUUGAUUAUAAUAAUUCAUGUGUAUUGUUGAACUGUAUAUACUAUGUAUUUAUCAUUUACAAAUUAUGUAGAAAUGUGAUAUGAAUUUUUUUUUUAAUCCCUACAACUGCAGUGUAAGGGUAAUAAACAGCUUUAAUAAAAUAGCAGUUUCAUUACUGUACCUAUUAUGCAAACAAUACAUUUAAAAUUAAGAAUUAAUUAAACACAUCUACUGCAGGAUGCCAGCAAGUGUUAUAAAAAAUGACUAGUUGUAAUGGCCCUUUACUGAAAUAACAUUUUACCCAGUGGACUUUUUAAAGUGCACCACAAAAGAUAUAAAAAAAAAAAAAAAAAAAGCUUAAAUAAUGCAAAAGUCAGGUGCAUUGAGGUAUUAAGUAGGUACUGCAGGUGGUGUACCAGCCCAUAUUAGGUAUUUUUUGUUUAAAGAUUGUAAUCUUUUUAGUAGUCUAUUCCAAACAACCAUGCUUAUUCUCUUGGAACAAUAGUCUGGUCCUAUUUCAUGCCACUGAGAGUAACAGUUACGGAGCUGUGCAUGCACGCACCCAUAUUAAUGUUAUCCAUUCCAUAGGCAUAUUUGUGCUCCUGUAGAUGAAGAGGCAAACUUCUAGUCUAUUCUGUGAUGCAGAUCAGCUC